UUAAAUGACAUUCAACUUGACGAUAACUUCAGUCAGAUAUUGUUGAAUAAUUGUUUUCUUUGGCCGAGUUUUAAAAUUAUUUUACUUAUUUACAACUUACAACGGUUAUUUCGCAUUUAUUUAAUCCUUCACAAAGCCAUUGUAACAAAACACCCAAGUGAAAAAUGGCUGGAUUUGCCUUGAGGAUCAAAACAAAAUCCGGACAUCAAAUAAUUAACAGUCUGACUAAAGACAGCACAAUGAAGGAACUAAAAGAAAUGUUAUCGAAUAUGUCGAGUAUACCAGCCAAUAGGCUUCAGAUAUUAACGGGAUUUCCGCCCAAAAUAAUCGACAUUAGUCAAGACGAAGAGGGCAUCGGAAACGCCGGAAUCUCCUCAGGGGACACUUUGAUUCUGGAAGAGAAAUCUCAAGAGAAACCCUCGAAUCCGACUAGUGAUAGCACAACUGACGUCGCUAUGUCCGGAAACGAAGCCGAAGUUCCAUUCGAACCCCUCUCGCAAGGUAUAUUAAUGAAACACAUUGUGCCUUCGGAUAAUUCUUGUUUAUUCACCAGUGUUCAGUUCGUUUUAAAUGGUAAAAUAGACUCCACUAUAAACUCCUACCUCAGGCAAUUAGUAGCCGAAACAAUUAGUAAUGACAGAGACUUGUACAACGACGCCAUCCUAGGCAAAUCGGUCGAGUCCUAUUGCUCGUGGAUUCAAGACGAUAAAUCCUGGGGUGGAGCCAUCGAAUUGUCCAUUUUAUCUAACCAUUACGGCGUCGAAAUCGCCGUGGUGGAUACUAUUAAUGCAAUAAUUAACAAAUUCGGCGAAGACCAGCAUUAUCCUCACAGAGUGUACCUGUUAUUCGAUGGAAUUCACUACGACCCGUUGUUCUUGGAACCUUUCGAUGGUAGCAAGAUUCAGACAAUAUUCCCCGUGACAGACGAGGGGCUCCUCAAGCAAGCGCAGCAGUUGGCCCAAGAGGCGAAGUCCAGCCGACAGUUUACGGACGUGGAUAAAUUCACGUUGAAGUGCAUGGUGUGCAACGUUUAUUUGAAGGGGCAAACGGCUGCUCAACAGCACGCAAAAACUACGGGGCACACCAACUUCGGAGAAGUGUAAUGGCUGCUUUUUUGCACGGACUUUUUAUCGAAUGUAACGGCAUUGUUAUGAAAGUCGAAAUUUUCAAAUUUGAUUUUUGUAGUUUCUAAAAGCCUUUUACAGGAGGUUUCAAUAUUACAUGUUUAAAUUUAAAUUGUGAAUUAACUAAAUUUCAA